UCUGUGUGCGUUGUCCAGAAAUAGCCGUCAGCCAGCCAACGUGGGAGGAGCGACCCCCCCGAAAAAAAAAAAAAAAGUUCCCUCCGUCGAGGAAGAAAAAAAGCUCAACAAAGAAGAAAAGUUGACAAGUGAAACGUUGGAUCUUUUUGUGGAUGUGGGUGGGUGACGUCACUUCGCUGAGUCCCGUGCGUGCGCCCCUCUUGAAAGUGACGAAUAAGUGCGAAGAUGAAGGUGAAGGUGACGGCGAGGCGGAGGAAGAGGGGAUAAAGAUGCCGUGGCGCCGCCGAGCCCUUUUCGGCCCGCUGCUGGUUCUGCUCGGCGCGGGGGGCUUCCUCUUCUACCGGACCCUCAACACCAGCAACACCGGGACCGGGAGGAGCCCAGCACGGCACGACGGACGCAAGCUGAGCGCCGCCUUGCAGAAUCUGCAGUCAUCUCGCGGGACAGGCGGCGAGCGGCGGCGGGCCGUGCUGGUGAUCGGCCGCCAGGAGCCAAGCGACGGCGAGGCGCAGCUGUACCGACGACUUCUCAGUCGCCUUCGCUUCCAUGUCCAAACCAGCGCGUGCGCCGAUUCCAUGCGCCAGCACGGGGAAGGCCAAUGGAGCCUGUUGGUGUGCGUGAGCUCGGAGGAGAGAAAUUGUCUGACGAAGAUGGCUACCUCGCAGCUCGGCCCGCGGCAGAGGGUCAACCUGCUACCUGGCCUGGUGGAGGCGCUGUCUGCUGUGCUGACAGCAGAGGGAUUUCCCAUCAUGCCUCCUGCUGGCAUGGUCCCCAAUCGCAGCCGGACACUCGCCGCUGACAGUGCGAAAGCUCCUCCGCCUGACCCGGUUGCCGUGGUGACCGCUUUUGUGUUGGUGACUUCACUGAGGCCUCUGAGCUCCUUCCUGCACGACGUCGCCGUGGUGACCGCCAAUCAGACAUCCAGGGCCGCACAGCUCAGAGACUUGCUGCUUCCUGAGGCUCUGGAGCAGGCCAAGAGGGUCAUAGGUCACAUACUGGGGGCUGCCGUGUCCGCCAACGAGGGGGCGCCAAACCGCAACAGGUGUGCGUUGUGUUACCAGCUGCUGACCUUCACGCUGACCUUCAGCGGCGCCAUCACGCCGCUCGUCACGCAGGUGGGGGCGGGUUUGUCUCUUGGGGUUCUGAGUGACGAGCAGUUUGACAGACAGGUGACUCGUGACGUCAUCCUGGAGGACACGCUGGACUUUCUGUUGUCCUCGGAGGCGGCCGAUGACGACGCUCAGCGUGACGUCUUCAUGGAGACGAGCGGCGUCAGGGUCUCGGAGGAAAACUUUCGAGUUCUGCAAAACUUUCGCCACCACAUUAUGGCGCUGUCGUCCUUCCAGCUGGUGUGUCCCAGCGUGUCCUGGUCGUGUGGGUCCAACUCUCGCCUUUCUGACGUCCUUCUGGCCAUCGUCCGCCAUUCCAAGAACAGCAGGGCCAACCGAUCGGACGCACCGGCGCCCAAUCGGAGCACAGGUCGGUGCACAGAACCCCGCCUCCGACAGAUCUACUUUUCCCCGCCCCUCACGUUAACCCCGGCCUUCAGUCCCCACGUGACCCAGUACAGCGCCGACGUGACCUUUGACACGCUCGUGCUUCGCAUGCGCGCAGAGACUUUUAGUAAAGCGUGCCGUGCGCACCCCAGGGUGUCGAUGGUCCCCGUGGGCCUGGGCCGGGGCAGCGUCAACAUUCUGCUCACGGACGGGGACGCGCCCGCCUCCUCGCCCUCGCCGCGCACGCUGGCCAUCUACACUGUCCACUUGCUCCGUGAGGCUCCGCCCAGCCUGCCCAUGUUUGGAGAUCAUGUGACCUGCAGCUUCCUGCAAGACUGCGGCCUGGUGGUGGUUCCCGGUCUUCCUUGCGGCCUGGAGUCUUUUUCCAGGUCUCCCGAUCCCCUUUCGGCGUGCACGUCGGGGCACGCUCCGGGUCGCUGGUUGGUCCCGUGUCUCAGCUGCUCGGACAACAGGACGUGCGAUUGGCGGGAGGUCACCUGGCAACCGGACGGCUGUCGUCACCCGUUGGUGGAAACCCCUCGGCUGCGGGAAUGCAUGGCCGGCAAAAAGGUGUUGUUCCUGGGGGACUCGACCAAUCGCGGCAUGAUGUACUUCCUGCUGGAGCGCCUCAACUCCAGUCUGGCGGCGUGGCACAAGGCGCACGACACGCUGGCCUACGACAACGUGAACGGGGGCCGCACGUGGGCGGCCUACUCGUAUUAUCCGCAGUUCUGGCUGGAGCCCCGGCGGAGGCCCGCCUUCGGGCAGGCGCUCACUCGACUGCUGCACAGGUCGCGCCCUCUGGCCAACUCCGAGCAGACGGUGUUGGUGGUGGGAGGAGUUCAGUGGCUGACGGCCAAUCACCUGCAGACGCUGCGAGCGGUCCUGGACAGAGAGUCUCUGGCCGGCGUCCGGGUGGUCCUCAAGUCUUUGGGGAUGGGCUUCCACGUCCCCGCGGACGGGGUCCGAUCCCGCACACCGGAGGCGAUCCGAAACCUCUCCCGCCAGAACGCCGACAUCAUCGCCUCCGCAAAGCAUCACGGGUACGAGGUGAUUGACACGCUGGCCAUCACCAUGGGCCGCUACAAGGACUUUCUGCAGGGCCGAUGCGCGUGCCACUUUCACAAGGUAAGAACGGCGAAACGCGCGAGUACUCGCGUACCUUCACUUGCCAUCAGAUAUGCCUCCGAUGGGGUGAAGUGUCCAAAAAAAAAAAAAAAAAAAAAAAACAUGAGCAAGAAAGGUACUGUGCAGUUGAGCCUACGCAUACCCGCGUUUUGGCGAUUCACCUCUUCGUGGAUUUGUUUUCCCAUUUUUUUUGGGGGUGGGGGGGGGGGUGGGGGUGAACCAACCCCAGACACACUUAUUGGAAGUUAAUCCGUGCUUUUUCAAGAAUAUUGGGGGUUGAAAGAAAAUAAUACUAAUCAUAAGAAUGAUCAAAAUGAUGUCAAUACAAUUAUAGUGGGCAUCAGUUAGCCUGCGAUUUUUGCUAUUGGCGGUCAGCGAUGCCGGUGACGCGUUACAAAGACCCAAAAAGUCAUGUAAUGCGAUACUUUUUAUAUUGGAGUAGUCAGAUUGCAGUUACUUUGAUUUAUCUGCCACUAGUGACUUUUGGGUUCAUGAGAAGCAGAUCUGAAUAUGCUUUUGAAUCAUAAUAUGCUAUUUAUGCUCAGGCAGCGGAUAUUUAUCAUGAACAAACCGCAGGGCUCGGGAACAUGAGGCAAGUCACUAACCAAGACACUCGAUUCAGUCACGGUGCUUGCCAUGCGUGGAGACCAAUUUGCAGCCUUGGUUUUAGUAAUGACUCAUAAAACGGACGAAGCAGACUAUAUUCUUAACUGUCCAUAACUAAAAUGCACACGACGACUACCUACGAUAUGGAAAAAAGGCGAAAUAUUUACAAACGGAGCCGUCUGGGGCAAUGACGUCACGCGACGUAUUGCGCGUUUUCCCCACACCGUCAACUCGCUCACCGAAGCAGCCGGCGGCGCAAACGCAACGGACGCUGACGACUGUGACGAGGGCUCGGCAUACUUCAACCGGAAAUACAGUCGCGACUGGAAAGAGGACAAUACGAAGGUUCGUUGUAGACUAUGCGCACACGGUUGCCUUCACGGACCCCCACGCAAUCGGCAAGCCUGUCUGUCGGUCGAUCUAUCAGUUAAGAGUCUUUCAAGAUGUGUGAUUGUUUAUAUUUAGGUGGCUAUUUGGCAUGUCAAGUGUGCUCGAAGUUGCUCAUUGAAUGUUGUUUCGACUACACUCAUAUUGUCUCAUAUUAUUUUUUCACGUUGAUGACAUCGUUCUGUAACUUGCGUGGCGUACAUGACCGAGUCAUGGGUACGGUUAAGCUCAUGCUUUUUUUGUACUGUGGAUAAGUGAUAUUUCUGCCACUUGACAGCUGCUGAAAGUAACUAAAAACUCCUUUUAUUCCUAACUCAGUUACUUUGGAAAUCAAGUCAUCAGUAAAGUAACUGUCCCCCGUGAAGAGCGGGCUCCUCUCCUCGCACGCGGGCAGGGGUGCCAAUGCGAGUCGCCGCUGGUCUUUCAGCCCUUACGUAUGGGACCGACACAACCGCGCGUAUGCAUAAUGAGCGAAACACUCGCGAGGAGCUGAUCUCGGCCACGCCCCUCAAAGGCACACAUACAGUACAGUACGACAGUUGCCGAGCCUUUCGGCCUGUCCCGAUGUCCAGUGACAAUUUUAAUUUUAAUUAACAAUUUUGACCUGUCAACUCAUCGGCGGUGACUCCAAUCGCCGUUCGAGUCCACACGAAAUGGUCAUUUCCGGAUUUGAAUCGCAACGAAUCAAAGAAGAACAUACGACUUACUUUCGUCUGACGGGAGCUGCGAUGCCGCGCGUCGCUUUGACCCCCAAAUGUGUCCAAAGUUUUUCACUUGUGUUUCCGCACGUCUGCGCGGGUAUUCGCGGCGGCGCCACAAAGGAGCCGUCGCCGACGUGGACGGCGACCGCCGCGGCAGAACCAAUUUGAGAGAGUCGAUCCGACGCAGCGCCGAAGGGACAAAACCCAGCCGGGUUCUGGCUUUGGGACCAAGUAGCAGCCACAACGCGUUCGGGUUCAAUCGAUUGUCGUCGUUCAAAAUGCGCAAUAAAAACAAUGUUCAGUCAUUUCAAUGGGGAAAAGUGAUUUUUAUCUCCGAGUACGUUGAGCUCGGGCUCGCAAAGUCGAGGUCCCGCCGCACGUAUUUGAAGGUGGCACUUGUGUGUUUGGCCGCUGUCAAGGUGGAGAAGUUGUCGCCCGAUCCGAGCGCCGCGUCGUCCUAUCACGUGAGAGGACCCGUCAACGAGAUCUACUCGGAGAUCCUGCUCAGUCGCU